GGCUCGUCUUCUCUCUGCCUCUCAGCUGGGGCUAAAGUAGGCCUUACAGAAAGAAGGGCAAGAGAGGAGCCGACUUUACCCCUCCGCUCCAACUUUUCUCCACUCCGCUCCACUCCUGGCACGAGGAAGAGGAAGCAGCCUGUCCUCCUCAGAGUUGGGACGAGGGGGGGGGGGUUUGUAGGAGCUCCAGUACACUGGGAGGAGGAGAUGGACGAUAGCUGAGUUUUUCUCCCUGCCGGGCGGGACUGCUCACAGGCUGGGUAGGGCAGAAAUGUAUCACUCUGGAAGUGAGGAGUCAGACUUGGGUUCGGCCGACUCCUACACCAGCCGUCCAUCAGAUUCCGAUGUGUCCCUGGAGGAGGAUAAGGAGGCCGUGCGCAGAGAGGCAGAGCGACAGGCUCAGGCACAGCUCGACAAGGCCAAGAGUAAACCAGUUGCAUUUGCCGUCCGCACAAAUGUCAACUACAGCGCCAGUCACGAUGACGACGUUCCCGUACCAGGCAUGGCCAUCUCGUUUGAGGCCAAAGACUUCCUCCAUGUUAAAGAGAAGUUCAACAACGACUGGUGGAUAGGGCGCCUUGUGAAGGAAGGCUGUGAAAUUGGUUUCAUCCCGAGUCCCGUGAAAAUCGAGAACACUCGAAUCCUGCAGGAGCAGAGAGCCAAACAGGGCAAGUUCCACUCCAGUAAAUCAGGGGCAAACUCAUCCUCUAGUUUAGGCGAAGUGGUUCCUAACUCACGGAAAUCUACCCCGCCUUCCUCUGCAAUUGAUAUAGACGCCACAGGCUUAGACCCCGAGGACAAUGAGCUUCCAGUCAACCUGCGCUCCCCUAAAGCCAGUCCAAACACUGUCAUGUCACCCCUAGCAAAAGAGAAACGAAUGCCCUUCUUUAAGAAGACGGAACACAUUCCUCCGUAUGAUGUUGUGCCUUCCAUGCGGCCUGUGGUUCUGGUUGGACCGUCACUGAAGGGCUAUGAGGUGACAGACAUGAUGCAAAAAGCACUGUUUGACUUUUUGAAACACAGAUUCGAGGGGAGGAUAUCGAUCACUCGAGUCACAGCGGACAUCUCCCUUGCCAAACGCUCGGUCCUGAACAAUCCCAGCAAGCACGCCAUCAUAGAGCGAUCCAACACACGCUCAAACUUGGCGGAAGUCCAGAGCGAGAUUGAGCGGAUCUUUGAGCUGGCUCGAACGUUACAGCUGGUGGUGCUGGACGCUGACACCAUUAACCACCCGUCCCAGCUGGGCAAGACGUCGCUGGCCCCCAUCAUCGUCUACGUCAAGAUCUCCUCUCCCAAGGUCCUGCAGAGGCUCAUCAAGUCCAGAGGGAAGUCUCAGGCUAAACACCUCAAUGUCCAGAUGGUGGCGGCUGACAAGCUGGCCCAGUGCCCCCCUGAGAUGUUUGACAUCAUCCUCGAUGAGAACCAGCUGGAGGACGCCUGCGAGCAUAUGGCCGAUUAUCUGGAGGCCUACUGGAAAAGCACUCACCCUACCAGCUGCAACCCCCCCAACCCUCUGCUGGCUAAGCUGGCCACGGCCGCCCUGCCCUCCAGCCCGGCCCCGGUCUCCAACAUGCAGGGCAGCGGGACAGAACAGAGAGGGGACAAGGCAGAGACUGAGAGGAAGGGUUCCAGGGAGGACCACCACCACCACAAACACCAUCACAAGCACCAGCACCAGUACAGCCAAGACCAGGCCGAUGCCGAGGGGGAGGAGGAGGAGGAGGAGGAGGAAGAAGAAGAGGGCGAGGGUGAGGACAAUGAGGAAGAGAGGACCCUGAGAACGGAGUCAUCCAGAAGACCCCAGCACAUCCACCACCGCUCCUCCUCCACCCGGACUGAGCACCACAACCACCACCACCACCAUCACCAUCACAGCAGUCGUGCCAGGGGCCUCUCUCGGCAGGAGACUCUGGACUCAGAGACCCCUGAGAGCCGAGAGAGCCGGGAAAGCAGGGACUCGGCCUAUAACGAGCCACACACUCAACUCCUCCACCGGGAGGAAGAGGAGGAAGAGGAAGAGGAGGUGGAGGUGGAGGGCCUCGAAGAGGGGCACCUCCAACAUCAGCAGCGUUAUGAGCCUCUGCCCCCCCAUCGGGAACACAACCACCAUCACCACCACCACCACCACAGGGGCGGGGCCGACGAGGCCGGUCACGUUCCGGGACACCAUCGCUCCAAGGAGCGCGAGCAGGACCACAAUGAGCGCAACAAGCAGCGCUCCCACCACCACCACCGGCCGGCCCGCGACCAUCACCACCACUACUACGACCGGGACAGGGACCGGGACCGAGAGGUGGAGGUGGCCUCCAAAAAGAGGGGCGACACUGGGGGGGACUGGGCCAGGGACUCGUACAUCCAACAGUGAGCACCAAAGCCUUCUCCUCUCUCUGCACCUCUGUCAGUGAUGUUUGGACUCACUCCACUUCCACAUGAAGACCAUCUUGUUCUCCCAUCGUGCUGCUAUAUACCCUGAUACCCCUAAUACCAAUUUACGUAUGCUUCCUUUGUUAAGGCUGUUGCAUCCUUAGCAAUGGCAGCAAUUUAAUUAUAAAAAUAUGAAUUUAAAUAUAAAUAGAUAUAUGUAUGUGUGUAUCUAUGCAUAGACGUUGUCGUUUAUGUGUGGAUAUGCAUGAAUAUUCUUAAAUAUGCAUAUUUUAAAACCUGUGUUCGAUAAAGCAUGACACAAAGCAGAAUUUUUUUCUGUCCUGAGCUGUGCUUUCUGUGAUUAGAAUUUUUAUUUUUUUUUAUUGGGGUUUUUUUUUUUUUUUUUGCUUGCUACAACUUGAAUAAUUUGUUCCUUCAGACUACUGCUAGGGUUGACUGCUAGAGUUGACUAACCAAGUUAGUUUGAUAUCAGCAGAUAUCUUUGGUUUAAUUUUAUGUUCAUCUUUUGUUGCUUAGGUUUUUUUUUUAAUACUGCAUCAAUGGUUUUAAACAUUUGAUCCUCAUAUACUGAUGCCUCCUUUGAGGUGCACCUUAGUCUUGCCUUACAAGACAAAAUAUUUCUAAAAUAACUUCCUGUCUAACAUGCAGUACUGUUCUAUUUAUAUGGGUCCAGAAGCAUUUUCUUACACUGACGCACCCUCUGUUCUGCACUUUUAACUGAUUCACAUUGGUGUCAAAUGAAAAGAAUUUGAUAUGCCAUCGCAACGUACGUGUCGUACCACACUCCACGAAGACUCGUCUUUUAUCAAGUUCAACCUGUUUUCUAAUGACUUCGUGUUUUAUUUCUAUUGACUUUUACGAAGAAUGUCAGUUAGGGCAUCACUGCAAAUUUAAGAGGGAAAAAAAACCAAACAUUUUGCAAAACCUACAGAAACCAUUCCAACGUUUUAUCACUUAACGAAGAUAGCAUUCUUUGCCAUUAUUUUACCAUUUGAGCACUACUGAAUUUUGGCCAAUUUCAACUCGUUCCCUUGACUGUUGGCUGCUUAAAAGCUUAAUGUCUAGUGAUGGUGCUCCACCCUGGCAUUGUGAUGCCUGAUGAAGGGUCAGGAAGGCCCUUGUAGGACUUGACAUUUUAAAGGAUGUGUCGGGAUAUCAGUGCAUGAUACUCAAAAUCUUAAAAGGGAGGCUCCAACGCAAAACAACAUGAAACUCAUUUAGUGUGACGUGUUAAACCAUGUUGUCUGUCUCCGUGGCUCUCCGAAGCGGCGAUGGCUAGAAAGAAUUGCCCCUCUGGGAUAAAUAAAGUUGUCUGAAUCUGAAUCUGAAGACUUGUGGGGACCCCCUCCUCUGAUUGGAAGAACUACAACGAGCAGCGCGGUUGAUUUUCCAGCUACUUCCGCCUACAAGGCGAAGUGGGCGGAGACUAUGAAACCGCGUCCCCGGGCAGAGGGAAACCGUUAGCUUGCUCCCACAAGCAGACUUCGCUAACUUGAAAGUAAUUUCUGCAAACAGUCUUGAGGGUUAUACGUUGGAUGUGGACACGUCAAUAUAAGCUAAAUAUAAGCCACAAUGUUUUUGAGCAAUACACGAACCUGCUAAUGCUAGUUCGUCGCAACUUCUCCAUAACGUACCCUGCUCCGCCCCGCGUUUGAGUGACAGCUUCUUUGGGCCCCGCCCAUUUGCGGUCGUUUUUCAAACCAGGAAGCUAGAACAUACCAGUCCGCUUCGGGGGGGGGGGGGUUCGUGGGUCUCUGGGUCGUAUUUUAACGUUAGGUAGGCACCUACCAAAAAAAUGUAGGGAAUAAACAGCGUUGGAGCGUCCCUUUAACUGACUCAAAGGGCGUCUUGGUUUAGUAUUUUUUUGGUAAAAUAGUGGGGUUCAUUCACUAUGCCCUUCUGUUUACAUUACCACCCCAUCCCAAUUUAGUUUUUUUUUUUUUUGGUUUUGCUUGAAUAUUGAAAUUAUGACUUAAACUCUCCAUUUCUAUGCUAUUUCCAGGGUAGCAUUACAAAUUUUUAAUAGUGUACAUGUGUAUGUACAUAAUGUAUAAAUACAAAGAAUAAAGUUGGCAACAAAAGACUGAUAUGGGGG